CAGUGGGUGUUAAAAAAUUGAUUAGAAUGGUAAAUUCUGAUCUUCUUUUCCUGUGUAAUCAAAAUUAUAAAUAGCCAAAUAAUAUGAUUUUUGUUUAGUAAAUCACAAUGAUUUCAUCUAUUGUAGUUCUUCUCAUACUCGUUUACUCGAGUGAAUAUGUUGUGUCAGAAAAAUUAUCUGCUGGUGCCCUUGCCGAUGUAAAAUUCACAAAACUAUUGGACGUUAAGUUUGAAAGUAGAACCAGCUCAUUGAGGAAUGAUUUUGGAAGAUUUCUCUAUCCUCAAACUGAAGAUAUUAAUUUAGGGACCAAGGAAGAAAAUUUGCAAGUUCCCUUAAAGUUGUCCAUUGGGAUAGAUAGGCAAAAUGGGAUUCAAGAAUACGAAAAAACCAUUUUAAGUGUGUUUGACCAAUGUAAAUAUCUGCUAGGUAGAAGCCAAACACCGUUUUGUCGUUUAAAUCCAGUUACGAAAAAUUCAGAAAAUAAUCAUCCACGAAGUUGCAGAGAAAUUCUAGAAGCUGGAAACAACAAAUCUGGUGUAUACCAAAUUAAACCACGUACCAGUAGCAAACCAUUCGCUGUACUCUGCGAUAUGGAAACUAAGGGUGGUGGCUGGACUCAUAUUCAAAAGAGGUUUGACGGAUCACAGGACUUUUAUCUACCUUGGAGAGAUUACAAAUUCGGUUUUGGUGAUCUAAUGGGUGAAUUUUGGAUUGGACUUGAAAAUAUUUAUCACAUGACUGCAUUCGAUAGAAACGAACUUCUUAUAGAGUUAACAGACACGGACAAAAAUAUUAGUUAUGCACAAUAUGCAAUGUUCUCGAUUGGCUGCGAAAAAGAUGGCUACCCACUCAAAGAACUUACUGGAUACUCAGGUAAUGCUGGGGAUGGUUUAAAAUAUCAAUUCAAGGCAAAGUUUUCAACACUUGAUGUGGAUCAAGAUACACAUUCUGGAAAUUGUGCACAAAUGUAUGAAGGUGCUUGGUGGUAUGCAGAUUGCCAUAAUAGCAACCUAAAUGGAAAGCAUAUGACUGUGGUACUUCCUGAUACAUAUAGAGCACAUGGUCUUAACUGGCAUCCUCUGAAAAACGCACACGUAAAUUUGGCAGGUUCCAGAAUGAUGAUCAGGCCAGUUGGAGAAUAAAUAGUUAUUAGUAAAUGAGUAUGAUUGUUCAUUGUCAUUAUUAAAUGUGCCCCUCUGUGUAAUAGUAGUUUAAUAUAAUUAUGAAGCACC